AUGCCCCAGUCUGUUUAUACUGUACAUGUGAUCACUCCAGUGCGUCGGGUGUUUUUGGUGGAAGGUGAUGAGUCUUCAGAAGAAUCACAUACUGGGGUAAAGAUACGUGAAGUCCUGCGAAAGGUCAUGCUACGCAUCGGAGCUGAACGUUUUGGGGGAGUGGCUUCCGACAACACUGGCAAUACAACAUUAGCUCGUUCACUCAUACAGGAAGAAUUUAGUUGGAUUAUUAUUCUCCCCGACUCGUGUCAUCGCAUGAGUUCGCUAUGCAAAGACAUUGGUAACAUCAAAUUCUUUCGACCUGUGAUCAAGAAGAUACAUCGAACGAUCAAGUACUUCAAGAACUCGAACUUUGCCAGUGCUCAUCUCCGUCAUCAUCGUAAAGAUUUACAAAUCAAGAGAGGACUUGUUUCAAUUGGAAAGACACGUUUUGGAACUAUUUAUCAUUCUGGAGAGUCACUUCGUCGUUGUCUGAAGCCUAUCCGACAAUUGUGCACUGAACAGGUCAUCAACAUACCAGUAGGUAGUGUGAUUUCUAUGGUUUUUCGAUGCUCAGAGGAUCGUUUCGCAACCGACAAAUUUGAAGUUGAACUUCGACAGCUUCUUACAGUACUUGCUCCAAUUGCAAAGGCUAUAACAUGCCUCGAGUCUACUCACUCAACUGUGUCAGAUGUAUAUCUUUUCUGGCUUGCUGUCACCGCAACCAUCCACCAAAUUAUCACCGAAGAUAUCACUGGCUUGCCAACUGAAGUCACCGAGGAGAUUCGACGAGCUGUCAAUUACCGAUUCAAUCAAAUGGUAAAUGAUGCACCAUCCGAUGUGUAUUUAACUGGCUUUCUUCUUGAUCCUCGUAAGUUUUCUAUAUUUAACAUCAAGUCACUUGCUGUUUAA